AUGACCACAUCUGCGCCCCCCACGUCGGCGACCGACUCAGUCCUCGUCUCCUCACAGCCGGUUCCUGAGGGUACACAAAUCGUUCGUGGUGUGGACUUUGACCAGUUCCAGGGUCGCGAUAUCACGGUUGCUGAGAUGGUUGAGAAUAUGACCCAUAUGGGGUUUCAAGGCAGCGCCGUCGCUGAAGCUGCCCGAAUUAUCAAUGAGAUGCGAGCCUUUCGUCAUCCCGAAACCGGGGAAAGGGCGACAAUCUUCCUCGGGUACACCUCCAAUCUCAUCUCAUCCGGCCUCCGGGACACUCUGCGUUAUCUUGUGAAACAUAAACAUGUCUCAGCGAUCGUGACCACGGCGGGCGGCGUGGAGGAGGACUUGAUCAAGUGCCUGGCUCCUACCUACAUGGGCUCUUUCAGCACGCCGGGAGCCGGCUUGCGUGCCAAGGGCUUGAACCGAAUCGGAAACUUGCUGGUUCCGAACAACAACUACUGUGCCUUUGAGGACUGGGUGGUGCCGAUACUGGAUCGGAUGCUUGAGGAGCAGGAAGCGGCCAAGAAAAAGGCCCAGGAGACGGGAGAUGAAGAGGACGAGCUUCAUUGGACUCCAAGUCGUAUCACCGAACGAUUGGGUCGGGAGAUCAACAACGAGGACUCGGUCCUUUACUGGGCGGCUCGCAAUGGCAUUCCGGUCUUUUGUCCUGCCUUGACAGACGGAUCCCUAGGCGACAUGCUUUACUUCCACACCUUCAAAUCCUCACCACAACGGCUGCGUGUGGACAUUGUGGACGACGUUCGCCGCAUCAACACCAUGGCGGUCCGAGCCGCAAGUGCGGGCAUGAUCAUCUUGGGAGGAGGUGUGGUCAAGCAUCACAUUGCAAACGCUUGUCUGAUGCGCAAUGGAGCAGAACAUGCCGUCUAUGUGAAUACGGCACAGGAGUUUGACGGCAGUGAUGCUGGUGCUCGACCCGACGAGGCUGUCAGCUGGGGUAAGAUCAAGGUCAACGCCAAGGCCGUGAAGGUCUACGCUGAAGCAACGGCGGUCUUUCCCCUGAUUGUUGCCGCCUCCUUUGCCAAGUCAGGGACGACCACCCCAGCGCCUGCGCAAAACUAA